AAAAUGUCAUCUAUACUAAAUAAAUUUAGAAAGCAACCUCAAAAUGAUACGCCUGCAGGAAUAAAAAUAGAGAAUACCUUAUUUGGAUAGUAAAACGGAACUUAUCAACCUCCCCUAAUACCAGUUGUUUAAUUACCUCAAACUACUUAGCCAAGAUAAAAAGGAAGGCCAGGAGGAGGUUAAAAAUUAUAUUAGCUUUAGGCUGGGAUGAUGAAGAGCCAUAAUAAUAAUAACAAUAAAUAUUGUCAAGCAAGCAAACUAAUAAUCUUAAUCUAAUUAAUGAUACACCACCUAAGUAAAAUGAAAAUAAAGCGAAUAUUGAUGUACUACUGCCACCUUAAUCCUAUAAUAACAAUAUUUAAUUAAGCAGAGUGACAGAAUAUAAAAAAGGAUAACUAUUAAACUACGAAGAAUUAGAAAUUGGAGGAUUGUACUUCUAUUCUAUAUUAUUUUAGUGAAUUCGAAUUCCAUCAGGUAGAAGAAGCAACUAAAUUAGGUGGUAUUAAAUUGAAAUAAAGUGAUUCUGUUCUUAAGGAAUUUGCAAGAGCUUGCUAAACUUUAUAAGAAUAGUUGAUAGGUAGCAUACUAUUGAAUAAGCUCUAUAGUGAAGAAAAUUGGAAAGUCUAGAUUGUAAACAAUUGAUAUCUAUUCUUUAGAGAUGCAUAUAUGCGAUUCAAUUUAUAAGCUAGCAAUAUCAAAAUUAUAGAGAAUUCUUUUAAAUUAAUUAGAAUUAUCUAAAGAUUGAUACAGAUUAAUAAAUAUUAUAAUCUGCAAUUGAGUAAACUCUAUUAGAGAUUAACGGAUAACAAUCAUAAAAAUAAAAGGUAAUAUCAAUUUUAAUUCGUUAAGGAAUUUUAAUUUGAGUUUCGUGAACCACCUAAGCAAUAAUAAAAUAUAGUAUAACAAUAACCAAAUCUCAUAGAAAUAGGAAAUAAUGAAGUUUAACAAAAAUAACCAUAGCAAUAAAAGCUUGAUUUAAAAUCUCUAAAAAUAAAAUAGCCAUAAGCGCAAUAGUAGCCUUAACAAUAGUUAUAAUAAUAAUAGAAUUAAUAAAAAAAUAAACAAAUAGAUUUAUUAGAAGCAUUUAGUGAAAUAUCAAUAUAAAAUUAUGAUUAAAAUCAAAAUCAAAAUCAAAACCAAUACUAAUAAUAAUAAUAAUAAAAAUAAUAAUAAUAAUAACAGGGUAUAAGCUUUGAUGAAAUAUUAAAUACUUAAUCAUAAUCACAGCCAGGACAAUAACCACAAUAAAAAAAGAAUGCUUUUGGAUUUCUCAAAAAGGAUCAACAAUAAUAAGCUUAAUAACAGCAGCCUUAAUAAUAGAAGUAAGAAUAAACACAAUUAAACACGUUAUUGUUAUAAGACCCUCAAUAAUUAUACCAAUAAUAAGGUGUAAAUCCACGAUAGGUUUAAUAUGGGCAACCAUAGAAUUUAUAUAACGUAUAAUAAUAACCUGUGAGUGGUUAAUUGAAUUAUUCCUAAGCUUUUGCACAAUUUAACAUGUAAUAAUAAUAAUACAACAUCGUUUAACAGACCUAGUUUACAUAAGAAUAACCAAAAUAAAAAUAAUAGCCUAACCCAAAAGAUAAUGCUUUUGAUUUCCUAAAUUUCUGA